GGAAGCACACCAAGACAGGAGAAGCGAAGGAGGAAGCAAAACAACAACCAACACCAACAUGAGCGACGAUUGGGAACAGGAAUCGCGGCCGUCCACGGCCAGCAGCCGGCGCCAGCUCAUGGCAAAGAAGCGCGGAUCGAAGAAGAACCAGCCAGGGCUGAUCAUGUCCACAGGCAACAAGCCACGCCGCCCAAUGUCAUCGGCAGGCCGAAAACCAACGGCAUCAACAUCGUCAGCACAAGAUGAUACACCUCUGGUACAGCGGCCCGAUACCGCCAAAGACGCAGCCCUCGUCACACCCGUCGUGCCGUUUGACAUGGAGGAGAUGGAGCUGGUUGAGACGCGCGAGAAGAAGGACGACAAGAACAAGAAGAGCAUCUUUGAGAAGAAGCUUGAGCUGAGCGGGCUGGAGCAGACAUAUGACCCCAAGGACCGGCGCUGGGAGGUGCAGCCGGAUCAGUCGGGACCGCAGAUGGCAUUUGCGCAAUCCACAAAGCCGCCAGUGCAAGCGAGAAUGGAGACGCAAAAGCUGGAAUUGGACGCAGAGUUUCCAUUCAAGACGGCGCCCGAGGGGCAGAAGGUGAUGUGCCGCAUUGUUCGCGACAAGUCGUCCAUGGACAAGUCCGUGUUUCCCACGUAUUACCUCUUCCUCGAAUCAGAGGACGGGCAGCUCAGCAAGCAACCGAUUCUGGCGGCGCGAAAGAGGAAGCGGGCAAAGUCAAGCUAUUACGUCAUCUCCACCAACCCAGAACACCUCUCGCGCUCCUCAGACGACUUUGCAGCAAAACUCAGGGCGAAUGUGGUGGGGACGCACUUUACGCUGUAUGACUCUGGCGUGAACCCUGCCAAGUGCCAGCUGCCAGAGAACCUCGGCCGCCCGCUGCGGGAAGAGCUCGUGCACAUCCAAUACGUGCACGGAAACUCGUAUGUGCUCAACUUUGGCGGUCGCGUCACACGGCCCUCCGUCAAGAACUUCCAGAUUAUCCACGAAUCAGACACGGACUACAUCAUUCUGCAGUUUGGCCGCGUGGAGGAGCACGAGUUCACCAUGGACUACCAGUACCCAAUGUCCGCGCUCCAGGCCUUUGGCGUGUGUUUGACCAGCUUUGACGGGAAGCUGGCUGUUGAAUGAAGGCUGACUCAACGUUCCACAACGAAACCAUCACCAUCACCACCAGCACGCUUGCUUGCUUAUCUUGCGCCACAGACACACACUGAUGCUUCCCUUUCGUUUGCUUUUCUUCUGUCCAUUUUCCAAUGAAAGCCAACAAGCAAGA